AUGGUCCGCCUUCUCACUAUCGUCACCGUGCUCUUUGCUGGCGUAAGCAGCGUUGCUGCUUCAUACUGCCAGUGCCUCUAUACAGACGGCAGUCACUGCUGCGUUAUUGACAAUUUAGUCAAUGAUUGCACGAGGAUGUGCACUAAGGCGUCUAAGGACUCUACGACUGCCAACCAGUGCAACGCCGGCGGGAAAUGGUCCAAAGUCAGCUCGUGGAACGCCAACUUCCGCAAGAAGUGUGGACAACCAUACAUCUACUAG